UCACCAACACCGAUCUCUGAAUCCAGUCAGAUGAUGACGGACACCGCUGCUCAUGGGCUCAUUGGCGCACUCAGAUGACGCAUGCAAAGUCCACUUUGGUUCACUCUCGUUCUGGUGCUCGAACUUCUAUUUUCAUAGAUUUGCGCCCGGUUUGUCAGUUGUCGGUUGUCGGUUGUUCUGGCAGUGGGCCGUUGGACCGAGCUAUCAGUUCUUCAGUGAUCAUGGGAGUACUUAUAUAUAGGUCUUGUGUUUAUUCCAGUGGGUUAAGAAUCUGAGUAUUUAUAUACUCACAGGCUCACGGAUUCACGGACGUCCUUCCAUCCUUUCCCCAGCUUUGACUCGAACUCCUUUGAGCGUCUAAGUAUUCCUCUCAACCAUACCCCCACCCGCCUUCAAAUCGUCAUAAAGCAACGAUGUCCGACGCCGUACGCACAACACUCGAAUCCGGCGGCACUCACCCUCAUCACGACGAGCACGUCCCCUCCAAAGCCACAGCAUGGACCGACGGAAACGAGAAACCGAAGACGGAGUGGAGCGCGUAUAUGAGGAAUGUGUAUGCGGGGAGGAAGCCGCCUUCGAUUGGGAGUUAUGAUGUUGCCAAGUUGGAGGAGAGGGCGAGGGAGGCUACGGAGGGAUAUCAUGCGGCGUACAUGUAUACAUUCGGAAGCGCGGGGUCGAGCUCGACGAAUAAAGCGAAUCUGAAGGCGUUACAGCAGUGGAAGAUUAUUCCGAGGAUGUUGAGGGAUGCGUCGACUCGGAGUCUCGAGACCACCCUCUUCGGAAACACCUAUAAAUCGCCCGUCCUCGUCGCGCCCGUGGGUGUGCAAGGUAUUCUCCAUAAAGACGGCGAAUUGGCUACUGCGCGUGCUGCUGCGAAGGUCGGCGUGCCGUUCAUCAUGAGCACCGCGAGCACGAGGCCUCCCGAGGAGGUUGCGGAGGCGAAUGGAGUGGACGGGGCGAGGUGGUAUCAACUCUACUGGCCCCACACAGACGAAAUAACGCUCUCGCUGCUCUCCCGCGUCAAAAAGGCGGGAUUCACGGCGCUCGUGGUCACGCUCGAUACGAUGUUGCUCGGCUGGCGACCGCAUGAUCUCGAUACGGCGUAUUUGCCGUUCGCGCAUGGGGUUGGGAUUCAGGUCGGGACGUCGGACCCUGUGUUUAUGAAGAAGAUGGGGCUGGAGGCGAGGACGGGGGAGAGUGCGCAUUGCGCGUUCCCGUUCGAUCCGGAAGCGAUGGACAAGAAACGAGCAGAAGGCGACCCCGCCGCGAUCGAAGGCACGAAACUCGGCAUGGCCUGGCUCGCGGAGACGAACUCGGGUAUGUUCAAGACGUGGGGGAUGCUCAAGCUCCUCCGUGAUAAUUGGGAGGGCCCGAUCGUGUUGAAGGGGAUACAGAGCGUGGAAGAUGCGUUGUUGGCGAUGGAGAAUGGGAUGGAUGGGAUUGUCGUUAGUAAUCAUGGCGGAAGACAAGUCGACGGCGCGAUCCCCUCCUUCCUUGCCCUCGAAGAGAUUACGGCGAAUAAUAAGGUUCGUGAAGCGCAGGAACGCGGAAAGUUCACCGUCUUGUUCGACAGUGGGAUCCGGACGGGUUCGGACGUGUUGAAGGCGAUCGCGAUGGGGGCGCAAGGGGUCUUAUUGGCCCGCCCAUUCAUGUACGGACUCGCGAUCAACGGCGAACAGGGCGUCGAAGAAGUCUUAAGAGGAUUGUUGGCGGACACGGAGAUCACGAUGGGCCUGAGCGGGUAUAGUAAUUUGAAGGAGAUAUGGGCGAGGAAGGAGAAAUUUAUGCGGAAGGUGGAUGCGGGGUUGGUUUGAGCCAACCGGCGUGUUCUUGGGAGUUUAUGAGUGGACGGAAGGAGAAUAAGCUGGCGUUGAAGGAUGGGAUAGGCUUCGAAGAGAGGCAGUUCCAUGCGUUUUUCACUGUGUGUUCGUCCAAUUGCCCGAAUUGUUGAUAUCAAUAUAUGCGUAGUACACAAUGUAUAUAUGAAGCUGCAGGUAGAACAAAUGUAAAAUAACCGUC